AUGAAAAAUGCACCAACAGACGAGGAAACGAAUAAGAAAGUCAGUGCCAUGAAUUAUUAUUCGUAUCGAUUGAUGAUUCGUCAAGACGCUGAAAACCACAUUCUGAAAUGUCGACAAUUGUUCCAUCAAUACAUCGUCGAUAUGUACGCGAAGAUUGAAACCGAACGACUCCUAUACAUUCGAUUGAAUCAAACCGAGUUGCGUUCUGAAGAGUACAUCCAUUUACGAGACGCAAUCGUUAAUGAUGGUAACGUGAAUCCAAACGAAUUGGGAAGAAUGGUCAUAUUACCGUCUACAUCCACGGGGAGUCCACGGCACAUGCAUGAAUACGCACAAGAUGCGAUGACAUACGUUUGCCCAUAUGGCCGUCCAGAUUUGUUCAUCACAUUCACAUGCAACCCAAAAUGGGAUGAAAUUAAAGAACUUCUGUUAGCUGGACAAUCAUCUUCGGACCGCCAUGAUAUUACCGCAAGCGUAUUUAAACAAAAAUUUAAAGCUUUGAUGGAUUUUAUUAACAAGCAUCACGUUUUUGGAGAGACUCGAUGCUGGAUGUAUUCCAUUGAAUGGCAGAAAAGAGGAUUGCCACAUGCACAUAUUUUGGUUUGGCUAAUCAACAAAAUUACGCCAGAUCAAAUUGACCAAAUCAUCUCAGCAGAAAUACCAUAUAAGGCCAUUGAUCUAGACUUAUUCGAAGUCGUUACCAAAAAUAUGAUCCAUGGUCCAAGUGGCGCAUUCAAUAACAAUUCCCAUCAGACAUGCAUGGAACGAUACCCAAGAAACUUGGUUUCUGAUACCAUUACUGGCAAAGACGGAUACCCACUGUAUCGUCGACGAUCAGUUGAGGAUGGCGGCAUAUCCAUCGUUCUGAAAGUACGAAACGUUGAUGUUGAAGUCGAUAAUCGUUGGGUUGUGCCAUAUUCACCGUUGCUCCCAAAGACCUUCAAAGCACGCAUUAAUGUUGAAAAGCAUUGGAAGCGCUUGAUCGUACACUGCGAGAUCUUCGGGGGUGUACUCAUUUUAUUGUCUGGUGAUUUUCGACAAACACUGCCGGUUAUACCACGUUCAACACCCGCUGAUGAACUUAAUGCAUGUCUCAAAUCAUCAGUUUUAUGGCGUCAUAUACAGAAAGUGACUCUGAAAACCAACAUGCGUGUAAAAGUACAACGGGAUACAUCAGCUGGUAAUUUUGCAAAAGAAUUAAUAGAUAUUGGAAAUGGGCGAAUGCAAAUUGAUGAUUCUACACAAUGUAUCACCUUGUCAGCAAACUUCUGUAGGAUCACAGAAAGCAUAGCCGAUUUGGUGCAAAAGGUAUUCACAAAGAUUGCACAGAACUACAAAAAUCAUCAGUGGCUCAGUACGUGUGCUAUAUUAGCGGCCAAAAACAUCGAUGUCAAUACCAUCAACAUCACUAUUCAGAAUGGAAUACACGACGAAACGACAACAUAUAAGUCCAUCGAUACUGUGGUGAAUCAAGACGAAGUUGUCAACUAUCCAACUAAGUUCUUGAAUUCGCUUUGCCAGGCAUGCCAUCGCACGUUCUAA